UUUGCUUUUUAGAAAUCAGAUCUAUCUAACAUCUUUUACACUUAGUAGUUUGUGAGCAAUUGGUCACAUGGUAAAAUAACAUACUUCGCUAAUAAAUUUUAAUAUUCUUCAGUAAUGUAGUAAUAAUCAUACAAAGUACCUAGUUAUGAACAGGCCCAUUAUUACCCAAACGACAGUGUUAAUACAGCCCAGUUAUUUCCUUGAGUGAUGUGUUCCUCAUGUACAUCUCACACAAUCUUAGGAGUUGAAAAGGAACUUCAAAGUCAUUCCCUCUUGAGAAAUUUAAUUCUACUCUGACAAUUUGGUUAUUACCUGUUUUAAGCUACCCAUAAGAGCUAUUAAAAAAAAAAUCAUACUUUGGUUUAUAUGUUAGUUUUUUUCAUGAAAGAUGAGCUAAUCAUAAUUUCAAACAGUAGAAGGCAUACAUAUGUAGGUUUGGAAGGCAAAACGUCUUGCUAAUUUUGCUUCUGUUUGUAUGAAGUCAAUGAUGAAAUUAGUUCACAUUCUGACUUUCUUGGGUCUGUUAUAUAAGACUAAGAACAUAUCAGGCGAUAAGACAGAAGAAGGCUGGCUGAUCAUUAAAACUUUUAUUUUCUUUCCCCAGUUUGCCCGUUCACCAUAUAGAAUAUAUUACGCUACACUGGAUCAAGAGUUUAUUUAUGGAGAAAAAGAAGAUGCUCCAAGAGAUGGCCUUGAUAACAGUUAAGAAAGCAGGACACAGAGCUAGAAUGGGGAGAAAAAAAUUCGAACACAGACUGACAAGUAAAGGAUUAAAAGAUCAGAGGCUAUAGAUAUAGAUCUAUAUAGUUUUGGAAUAAUGGGGUCUCUAGAUUAAUAAGCACUUUGAACAAAACAUUUGAUUCUGUUUAGAUGAAAAAUAAAAGAAACUCUUUAUUCCCUUUGGACGAGGAGUAAAAGUUGUAAUGACAGUAUAGGGCAGGGAAAUUAAGCAGGAUUAUGUUUUGGGAUUUCCCUAAGAGACAAAGAUAGCACUGAAAUGGUUGCUUGAGGUGCCAUUCUCUUACUUACAUAUAAAAUCACAAAAGCACCUGAAGAAUUAAAGAAUCAAGAUUGCUAUUCAACAGCUGAAAAACGGAACUCAAUUUAUGAAGCACAGAAUAUCUUUGAAAAAGAGUAUGAUGCAAACAGUUUUUUCAGAGUCUGUUUAUAACUAAAAGCACUUACGCUAAUUUUAUUCUGUAUUCUAUUUGUAGCUCUAAUCAAGUAUGACAUUUCAUAGUGGAGCCCAAACAAUAAUUACUUUCCUGUGACUGACACACAGUUAAAAUAAAAACCUCUUUGGCUCUACACAAUGGAACAGAGAAACAAACAGAAAACCUGCUGGCUUUAUAUGUAGAAACAAUCUAUACACUAAAGAAUGACUAAAUACAUGAUCAGUUUUUUUAAAAAUGAGAAAAUCACUUAUCAACUUAGAACAUAAAACAUGGAUAAAAUAGCAAAUUACUAGAUUCUUUACUAAGGAAUAUUUUUAAAAAAGGAAUUUUAUCUAAUUUGUACUCUGAGCAAAUAAAACAUGUAAUUAACAUGAAAUCAAAUUACACAUGGUACUAGCAUUUUUUUGUUUUUUCACUGAGUAGUUGGAGAGGGGUGAGCCUUAGAGCACAAAGGUACCUUACUUUGAAAAAAUCACCUAGUAAGCUGGGCACAGUGGCUCACACGUGUAAUCCCAGCACUUUGGGAGGCCAAGGCGGGUGGAUCACCUGAGGUCAGGAGUUUGAGACCAGCCUGGGCAACAUGGCAAAACCCCGUCUCUACUAAAAAUACAAAUUAAGAUGGGCGUGGUGACAAGGGCCUGUAAUCCCAGCUACUCAGGAGGCUGAGGCAGGAGAAUCGCUUGAACCCAGGAGGCAGAGGUUGCAGUGAGCUGAGAUCAUGCCACUACACUCCAGCCUGGGCGACAGAGCGUGACUUCAUCUCAAAAAAAAAAAAAAAAAAGGAAGAAAAAACUACCUAAUAAGAAAGUUUAAGUCUGUAAGGGUACCCUUCAUAACCCAUUUGCAUUCUGGUUGCUUCCUUUUUUGAAAGAAGGGCAGAGCUACCUCUCUAGUAUGCACAGAGGUGUGCAGCCUAAAUGAGAAGGUAUUCAAGACCCUACUAGUGCCUGACAUAAUGAAUGUCAAUUUCAUUGACGCAGUUCUUGGUAUAACCAAAAAAGCUUGAGAUGGCCAUGAUUAUGUAUGACUAGCUCUUCUUUAACAUUUUUCUUAACAUUAUUUCUGCUAACAUUAUUUCAAAGAGCUACAAAGAUUUAACCAAAGGGAGAAGGACAAAAAACUACCAAUUUUACCCUAUUAUUUAAAGCAGGAAGUUCAAAUAAGUAGCUUCUCUCAUAGAUAGAAAUUAAUGUUGGCCGGGCGCGGUGGCUCACGCCUGUAAUCCCAGCAUUUCGGGAGGCCGAGGAGGGCGGAUCACGAGGUCAAGGGAUUGAGACCAUCCUAUCCAACACGGUGAAAUCUCGUCUCUACUAAAAAUACAAAAAUUGCUCUUCCAUUGGAGGCCUACACGCCGCCGCUUGUGCUGCCACCAUGUCUCUAGUGAUCUCUGAAAAGUUCCAGCAUAUUUUGCGAGUACUCAACACCAACAUCGAUGGGCGGCGGAAAACAGCCUUUGCCAUCACUGCCAUUAAGGGUGUGGGCCAAAGAUAUGCUCAUGUGGUGUUGAGGAAAGCAGACAUUGACCUCACCAAGAGGGCGGGAGAACUCACUGCGGAUGAGGUGGAACGUGUGAUCACCAUUAUGCAGAAUCCACGCCAGUGCAAGAUCCCAGACUGGUUCUUGAACAGACAGAAGGAUGUAAAGGAUGGAAAAUAUAGCCAGGUCCUAGCCAGUGGUCUGGACAACAAGCUCCGUGAAGACCUGGAGCGACUGAAGAAGAUUCGGGCCCAUAGAGGGCUGCGUCACUUCUGGGGCUUUCGUGUCCGAGGCCAGCACACCAAGACCACUGGCCGCCGUGGCCGCACCGUGGGUGUGUCCAAGAAGAAAUAAGUCUGUAGACCUUGUCUGUUAAUAAAUAGUUUAUAUACCUAUGAAAAAAUUAAAAAAAAUACAAAAAUACAAAAAUACAAAAAUAAAAAUACAAAAAUUAGCUGGGCGUGGUGGCACGCGCCUGUUACUUGGGAGGCUGAGGCAGGAGAAUCACUUGAACCGGGGAGGCGGAGUUUGCAGUGCGCCCAGGUCACGCCACUGCAUUCCAGCCUGGUGACAGAGCUCCAUCUCAAAAAAAAAAAAAAAAAGGAAACUAUUCAUUAAAAAAAAAAAAAAACUUAUACUUCCAACUCAGUAGACUGCUCGACAGGAAUUAAAAUUCAGAAUAUUCUCUAGUUAAGCCCCUAAGACAAACUUGACAGUGUUUUCAAAAAAGUGACUAUCUGCCGCAAAAUUACCAAUUUCGCAAUAUCCAUGGUAUGACAUAUUUUAACUAUGAUUCCUCUGCACAAUUUCAUUAAAAAUAUCUGACAUUCAAAAAUGGCUUAAACGUAACAGCACUACUUUCUUGUAAUGGCAAGGAGACAAAUUAUGUAGAAGUUAAGGGAUAUUUACUUACUCUAAGUUACCAAGAAAAAGACCAUAAUAAUUUUUCUGAUACCAAUUAGCAAAGUAAUUCUAUACUACUUCUCCCCACAUGCUAAAAUGGAAACAUCAAUAUUCAUACUAUAGAACUAAUAACCCUCAACUGAAAGAAUGACAGGUAAAUUAUACAGUGGAUUUAUAAUGACACUCAAGGUACAUUUUGACAGCACAUUAAACACGUCUGCUACCCUCGGUCAAGACAGUUAACGAGAUGGCCUUAAAAUCAACACAUGAUUCUUUAGGCUUUUCCUCAAACUACUUCUAAAAUUUUUUGCUUUUCCUCAAACUACUUUUAAACUUUUAUGUAAUUUUAUCACACAAUUUCCAAGACAAUUUUUUUUGGAAAAAAAAUUCCCUAGUGAGAAAGUAGUAGAUGGUUUGAAUUUAAAUUGUUCUUUCAUAAGGUAUUUUACUAGUUAUAAAAAAAAAAAAAGGCAGGGGGUGGGGAGGGAACAGAGAGAUGGAGUUCCAGCUUAACUAACAGAACUGUACGUGUUUUUUAAAAAGGAAAUCCUGGGUCCCAAGUAAUUAACAUUACACUUAAUCUUUUCAAUAAAGGCAAUUCACAUGAAACAUUAUAUUAGUAGGUUUACUAGUGGCCUUCAUAUGCUAUUAAUCGUUUCUAUUUUCUCAUAUUAAAUAAUUUCGGGAAUGAUAACUGAAGUGGUCAGAAUAGAGAAUAAUGUUUUUAGAACAUUUUAAACAGCUCGCACGUGUUAAGUCACUUGUCUUGUUAUGUGCAAAGAGGGAGCUGGAGAGAUUACGUUUCUUUUCCUUCACGCACAAGACCAGAAUUUAGGGAGUGGAAUGGACAGAAUAAGGACAGCUGUAACCUGAGUUUAACAUCGUAACAAAAUACAGGAAGAGUCACGCUAGACUAUUUAGUCGCCUAUCUGGCAAGCGGUCAGCUGGCAACAGCCUAAGGGAGAUACUUCAAAGAAAGGCAACCAAACCUUAGCCCUAGACCCCGCCGCUUAAACCAGAGGGCAGGCAAAGGCAUUCCUCUUCCCCUCCAUCACCUCGGCCCAUCC